CGCAGUUCUGAAUUCUAGCCUAGCCAAGCUAACAACAUUAGUGACGUUUCGGUUUCGACAUUGUUGUUGUUUCCAGAGAAAUCGUCUUUUUAUUUACACCUGCUUGACUUUAAAUCUCUUCUGUUCUCCGUGUAUAGUCUCGGCAUUACGCUGUGGAGGCGUGGUGGAAGCUGCAAACAUGAAAUGGAUGUUUAAAGAAGAUCAUUCCCUCGAGCACCGGUGUGUGGAAUCGGCCAAGAUCCGAAACAAAUACCCCGACAGGGUUCCUGUGAUCGUGGAGAAGGUGUCAGGUUCUCAGAUAGUGGACAUUGAUAAGCGUAAGUACUUGGUGCCGUCGGACAUCACCGUGGCUCAGUUCAUGUGGAUCAUCAGGAAACGCAUCCAGCUGCCCUCCGAGAAAGCCAUCUUCCUGUUCGUGGAUAAAACCGUCCCACAGUCCAGUCUGACUAUGGGACAGCUGUACGAGAAGGAGAAGGACGAGGAUGGAUUCCUGUACGUGGCCUACAGUGGAGAGAACACAUUUGGAUAUUAAAGCCCCGCCCACUUCUGUUUUCUUCUGGACGAGUGUGUGUGUGUGAUGAUUAAUAAUGAAUAAACUGUGUGUGUGUGUGUGUGUGCGUGUGUUGCGUCGCUGCUGCUGUUGUAGUGUUAGCGUUAGUGUAUCUGUGUGAGUGAGGUGGUGAUGAUGAUGAAAUCAGAGGUGCUGCCAUGACUAUCUACAUUAUUAAUAAUUAAUUAAUGAAUGACUAUUAAUCACUUUUAGACGUUUAAUUUUAUUGAACCCUGUAUAAAUAUAUAUAUCUGUAUUUAAGAGCGUGAUGUAAACGGUAAGGUAGCUGGAAGACCGAACCAAUAAACACACAGGAACGGCUA